ACAUUCUUUACAAUGUUGUUCUCGAUGUCUUUAUUUUCUCAUCAGUGCUGACAUUUUCUUGCUCGUGAAAAGCUGAAUUGCAACUUAUUUGUACAUUUUCUUGAAUUUCCAAUUCCAUCAGCAGAUACUCAGUUUGAUCCUUGUUUGUCAGAAUUUACUUAGAGCUCACAAAUUGUCAAGGUAUCUGAGGAAAUGGCCGUUACACAGGCAAGCGGGAAUUCGCAACCCAGUAAGUCAUGGGAACUGAGUCUCUACGAGCUUCACCGAUCUCCGCAAGAAGCCAUCACCGAUGAGACGGAGAUCGCCGUCUCCCCGCGUAGCCUCCACAGUGAACUCAUGUGUCCUAUCUGUCUCGACAUGCUCAAAAACACCUACACGACCAAGGAGUGCCUGCACCGGUUCUGUCAAGAUUGCAUCAUCACCGCACUAAGGAGUGGGAACAAGGAAUGUCCAACAUGUAGGAAGAAGUUGGUCUCAAAGCGGUCUCUAAGACCUGAUCCUAAUUUUGAUGCCCUCAUCUCUAAGAUCUAUCCCAGUCGAGAUGAAUACGAAGCACAUCAGGAGAGAGUCAUGGCCAAGUUGAACAAGAGACACAAUACUGCCGCUUUGAGCACCAGUAUCGAGGAGGGGCUGAAGGUACAGGCCCUUAACAGAGCACAAAGAGUGCCACCCAAAAGAAAACAAGAAUUCGACCUCGAGGGCGGCGAGCUACCUCCCAUCGACGAUGACCCCGCCCAUUGCGGUGACCUGAACGGCGACCCUCUUGCACCCCUUCCACCGGGCCAGGAGGGAUUGGAGCUUGCCCCUCCCUCGGCCCCCCUCACGCCCCCGUUGGAAUCCCCUCAGGAGGAACGAGGACGAUUGGUCCGGUCUCAUUCUGAGGAUCUCUCAUCCAGCCAGGGUUGCCAUUCCUUUCAGGACCAAGACUCUCUUCAGGCGAUGAAACGACCAAGAACUUCUGAUGAGUCCAGCAGCUGUGGGGACGUAGAGGGAGAGAUAGAGGGUGAGGGCAGUUUGGACAUGCCUGACCCAUCUAACGAGAUAGAGCUGGUAUUCAAACCCCACCCGGAUGAGAUCAUGCAUAGUAGACCUUACAUGGUACGCUAUCUCAAGACGUCAGCUCUCGCUUCCAUCGACCACCUAGCCAAAUAUCUUUCGAUGAGGAUUGCUCUCGACCUUAGGGAUGCCGGUUCAAUGGACAGUCAGAGUUCGUCCAAUCAAAACGAGGGAGGGUGCGGAGAAUUCACUAUCUUCAUUAGCACAUAUCCAGGUCAAUUUCAGCCACUGACUGGUAACCAAACCCUUGAGCAAGUCAAUGAGAGGCACUGGAAAGCAAACAGACCAUUGGAGAUGUACUUUCUCUCAAAGAAGUGAGAUGGGUUACCAGUCUCUGUCUAUGAUAGUCAUUGAAUGGUUGCCAAACCCUUGAGCAAGUCAACGAGAGACACUGGAAAGCAAAUAGACCAUUGGAGAUGUACUUUCUCUCAAAGAAGUGAGAUGGGUUACCAAUCUCUGUCUAUGAUAGUCAUUGGAUGGUGCCCAAACCCUUGAGUGAGACACAGAGAGACACUUUAAAGUGAAGAGAUCAUUGGAGAUGUACUCCCUUUCUAAGAAGUGAGAUGGGUUACCAGUCUCUGUGUAUGAUAGUCAUUGAAUGGUUCCCAAACCCUUGAGCGAGACACAGAGACACUUGAAAGUGAACAAACCAUUGGUGGUGUACUCCCUUUCUAUGAAGUGAGAUUGGUUACCAAUCUCUGUCUAAGAUAAUCAUUGAAUGGUUCCCAAACCCUAAAGCAAGACACAGAGAGACACUUGAAAGUGAAUAAACCAUUGGAGAUGUGCUCCCUUUCUAUAAAAUGAGAUGGGUUACCACUCUCUGUCUAUGAUAGUCAUUGAAUGGUUCCCAAACUCUUGAGUGAGACACAGAGAGACACUUUAAAGUGAAGAGAUCAUUGGAGAUGUGCUCUCUUUCUAAGAAGUGAGAUGGGUUACCACUCUCUGUCUAUGAUAGUCAUUGGAUGGUUCCCAAACCCUAGAGCACGACUCAGAGAGACACUGGAAAGUGAACAGACCAUUGGAGAUGCAAACCUCUAAGAAUUGAAAAGGGAUCACAGUCUGUGCUAGGGAUGGAUGUUGACUGGUUCCUGAACCUUUCUCAGGAUCUAAAGACAAUUCAACGAGAAUAGGCCAGUAAAGGAGUGAUGUAAGGUCACCACUCUCAACAUUGCCGAAUGCACCUGUAAGAGUGGUGCCCAAACCUUUCUUCAUAACUCAUGGAUGAACAUUGAAGUCUCAAUAUGAUCACUUUGGAUUGCAUUGAUAACGUGAUGUACAAUGAAGACUGGUUCCCAAACCCUGCUUUACCACUAUGAGAGUACAUUGAGGUGCUGGGCAUGCCAUGAGCUGAUAUAGACGGAAUGUUUAGGGGUGGUGAAAUGAUUCAGAACACCUUCCCCCUCCUUCUAAAAAACACCAUUAAUAAUUCUUUAAAGAGAAGGUUGAGUUCUGG